CGAAAACCUUUGCUUCCCGCAAUCAUCAGGCCUCAUCGUUUCGGUUUGAGUCCCUCUUCGUUGUUCGAAGGUUCGGCGCUUCUUAAAUAUUAUGGAGCCCUUUGAUCCGACUACGCAUCCACACAGACGAUAUAAUCCAUUGACUAACACACACGUUCUCGUCUCACCUCAUCGCACCAAGCGUCCUUGGCUAGGCCAGACUGAACCCGCUGAGCCAUCAAACCUCCCCCAGUACGAUCCCGUAUGUUACUUGUGUCCCGGGAACACUCGGGCGGGCGGUAAGGUCAACGAAGUGUACACUUCUACCAUAGUGUUCGAGAAUGAUUACCCUGCCGUUCUUCCAACCCCUGGACCUGUUACACCUCUAGCUGCACAUCCACUCCUAACUGCCGAGCCAAUUCAGGGCGGAUGCGAUGUUGUAUGCUUCCAUCCACGGCACGACCUUAGUCUACCGACCCUAUCUCUGUCGGACGUAGAGAAUAUCGUGGAUGAGUGGACUCGUGUUUACAUGAGGAGGGGGACUGAACCUGGCAUUGAAUAUGUGCAGAUAUUUGAAAACAAGGGAGCAAUGAUGGGGUGUUCCAACCCGCAUCCUCACAGCCAAGUUUGGUCCCUUUCCACUGUGCCCACCCUCCCCGCGAAGGAACUUGCUUCUCUGCACAACUAUGCCUCUACCGCCCACGUACGCUCUGGCGUUCCAACUGGGCCUGGCGGGCGGGCCUGCCUAUUAUGCGAGUAUGUGAAUCACGAGCUGUCUCUUCCAGAAAACGAAGGGCGCAUAGUCCUCACGAAUGAGCAUUUCGUUGCGCUCGUGCCGUGGUGGGCGUAUUGGCCCUUCGAAAUCAUGGUGCUCUCUCACAAACGACACAUUUCGUCCCUUGUGCAUCUUACAGUCGAUGAGAAGCACGCAUUUGCAGACAUCAUGUCGCGCGUGACGAAGCGCUACGAUAACAUAUUCUCCUGCUCGUUUGCAUAUGCGAUGGGCAUUCAUCAACGACCCCUUCCCCCACCUCGCGAUGAUGAUGGGAUAUAUGUACAAGAUGCAGACGAUAUUGCACAUCUGCAUGUGCACUUUGAGCCCCCACUCCUACGGAGUGCUAGCGUGCGCAAAUUUUUGGCAGGAUUUGAAGUCAUGGCAGAACCACAGAGAGAUCUUACUGCAGAGCAAGCUGCCAGGACACUGAGAAAUUGUUCUGAAGUCCACUACCUCCAUGCCACUGCAGAGCAGUGACAUGAUAACUCCCCGAUGGACAGAUCACUUCUCGUCACUCGGUCGCAAACCGCCACUGGCAUUUGAUUUAAGUAAACCUCAUGCACGUAUCAAACGCAUCAAUUUUUUGCUUGCUCCUUCGUAUGAACUCGAGCUAAGUAGAAGGUAUUAGUUCGGCUUCUUGCCUGUACAUCAUGAUUCUGUUGUCAAUCUCAGGCUUAUAAUGAAUACCUUUUCAGCCC